AUAAUUUCAAAUCAUUAUAUCAUCCAACAAUUUUUUGGCAUAAAUUUUUUGCCCGUCCGACAGUUUCCGAGUUAGGUCAGGAGAUGCUCAUGCUGUAAGCGGUGUACAUAGAUGCAACGUGGAAUAAAAGUGCGAAACUGUCUUUCAACCCCGUUUCACAAUCCUAAUAAACGGUCGAGAUGUCCCCACACUAAGGAAAUCUAACAAGAAAUGGUAAACCUGAAAUCGAAUAGCCAUGGCAGCUCUGCGCUCUCCACACUUCGUUUCUGUCAGAGGCGCAAUAUCGUUUCUUGGAACGUUUAUGGCUAGCAACCCGCCUCUACUAAAUCUGCACACUCCCCGAUCAAUUGCUAGAUUUGGAGAAACAUUCUGUGGAUCAAAGUUCAUAUCUUCUCAGGGAUCCCUCAAGCUCAUGCAGAGAACACACUCCAUUAGGCCUUCUGGGGCUUCCAUGGAUAAUAAAGAAAUACCUUCGAAUUUCUUGAGAGACAAAAUGAUGGUUCCUGAUUCUGACCCUCCCAGUGAAUACGAUAUCAGUCGUUUGUAUCAAUUUUUUGAUACUCGCUCAAAGCUUGUUAUCUUGACUGGAGCUGGGAUAAGCACAGAGAGCGGUAUUCCUGAUUAUAGAAGACUAAUUGCUAAAUCUCCUUUUAUUGUCGUCGCAGCCCUAAUGGAGCUUACAGUACUGGUUUCCGGCCGAUUACUCAUCAGGCGGUAUUGGGCAAGGAGCUAUGCUGGAUGGAGAAGAUUUACUGCAGCACAACCAGGGCCGGCGCAUAUCGCAUUAGCUUCUCUUGAGAAAGCUGGCCGUGUAAAUUUUAUUAUUACACAAAAUGUAGAUCGGUUGCACCAUCGUGCUGGCAGCAAUCCUCUCGAGUUGCAUGGGACUGUAUAUGUAGUUGCUUGUACUGAUUGUGGUUUUUCUCUUCCACGAGAUUCAUUUCAGGACCAUGUGAAGGCUCUUAAUCCUAAGUGGGCAGAAGCAAUUGAAAACCUGGACUACAACAGCCAGUCGGACAAGAGCUUUGGUAUGAAACAAAGGCCUGAUGGUGACAUUGAGAUUGACGAGAAGUUCUGGGAGGAGGAAUUCCACAUACCUGAUUGCGAGAGGUGUAAUGGAAUACUGAAACCUGAUGUUGUCUUUUUUGGCGAUAAUGUUCCCAAGGGUAGGGCUGAUAAAGCGCUGGAAGCUGCAAAAGAAUGUGAUGCUUUCCUUGUUCUUGGUUCAUCAUUGAUGACCAUGUCUGCUUUCCGCCUCAUCCGAGCUGCUCAUGAGGCUGGUGCUGCCACUGCCAUUGUUAACAUCGGCAUAACCAGAGCUGAUGAUUUUGUUCCUCUGAAAAUUAAAGCUAGACUUGGCGAGGUAUUUUUAUUUAUUGCCGAGAUUGCUUGCAGCAGGAUCACUCAGUGUGCCUAUUGCAUAGAGCAUGUGAGGAGAAAAGUGUACUUGAAGAAUUUGAAGGUAAAAUGUGAUAUGCUGCAUUCUUUAGUCAACUCUCAUUUAUGCGGACCGGGAGCUAGGGGAACAGCUAUGGAGGAGGAAGAAGCGAAAAUAGUUAUCACACAUCAGUUGCAAUUUUUCGGUGAAAAAUACCAUUUAACAUCGCUGCCAGAGAUAGUAGGUGAACAUAUAACCAAUAUCACCAACACAUGGAGCAAGAGCGCCGAGUCUACGAAAGCACAGACAGACGAGUUCUCCCUCGUGAGAUUUGUUCUCUCUCUAGAGACCCUACUUCUAUUCAUUGGAUUUAGCCGCCGCACCAUCACCUUCUUCAUCUCCAUCGUCGGCGCCGGCGUACUUGGCCUCCCGUACACUUUCAUGCGCACCGGAUGUCUGACCAGCCUCGUCACCGUCUUCCUCGUCGCUGCCCUCACCUAUCACUGCAUGAUGCUCCUCAUCCACACCCGUCGCAAGCUCGAGGACUCCGCCGCCUGCGCCUUCCCAAAGAUCUCAUCUUUCGGAGAUCUAGGGUUGGCCGUCUGUGGGCCCAUCGCCAAGUUCGUCGUCGAUGCACUGAUCGUCCUCUUUCAAGCCGGAUUCUGCAUCGGCAUACCUCACCUUCAAAAUUGGAGAUUUUUUAGGAAAAUUUGGAUUGGGGGAUUGGUGGGAUGUGGCGUAGGCGUUUGGGAUUUUCGGUGUCCAUGA